AUGCUACAACGAUAUAGAAUUCAUAGACAGAUACUGUCACUAUCACUACUACGUUGCCAAGGCUGUUAUUCCACUCGCCAGUUGGCGACUUUGUCAACAAGACCAACACAGGACAUGCCAACUUUUCAGUAUCAAGAAUCAAGUAUUUUUCAACCAUCUAUACGGAAGAACCCAUUUACUCCUAACCCUUCAAGUAUAAAUAUCUUAGAUAUACCAAAAGAUAUAACCCCAAAUCCACUACUAAAUAUGAGUAUUGAACAGCUUCAAGGAUUAACCCACGAAGAAUUCGACUAUUUAAAUUCCAUACCAUAUGGAACCGUGCAUGAAAUAAAUGAGAUUUCAUUGAAAAUUGCAAGUAUUAUCAAAAAUAAUUUACUUUCAGAUCCUAAAAAAGCAUCACAAAUGUAUUUAAUAAUUACAAAUAAAUUAUUAAAAGAAAAGAUUCAAAAAUCAGUAUAUAAUCAUUUCAAGAAACGUGAAGUUGAAGUAUCUAUUUGGAUGUUAAUUUCAAAACCAAGAAGUCAAAAAACACGACAGAUAAUACGAUCAAAUAUUGAAUCAAUACUUGAAUCUGAUAUAAAUGAUAAAAGUAAUACAAUACUUCACUAUUUAUCUAAAUUAGCAUCUACUGAUAUCAUCAAUGCCAUUCCUAUUUUAUUAAAUCAUCAUUUGUUUGAUAAAUUAAUUAAUAGUGUAUCUGAGAAAAACCAUGGAUUAUUAUAUCUGUACAUGUUUCAGAUAAAUAUUCAAUCGCAAUACAAGUUUUUAAUGGAUAAAUGGAAACGUAAGUUAUUAACAUCAUCAUCAUUGAUUAAUCAAUAUAUUGUUCAAACAGGAUAUACACCGCCUAUAAAAUAUGAAAAUUUACCAAAAUUUGAAAUAACAAAUUUACAAAAAUCUAAAAUGAUUCAAUUUUUAAAUAUAUCAGAUUUUGAAAAUUUCAUCAAUAAAGGAAUUGAAUCAAAUCAACCAUUAAAAUCAAUUUAUUAUUUGAAUUGUAUGUUGGAAAAAUUUGAAAAAAAAUGUAUGAUUUCAAAUAAUCGAAUUAUUGGUGAUUCAAAUAUUAAACAAGAUGUUGAAACUUUACUUAAAUGUUUAAUUAAUAUAAUUAUGAAAUUUAAAGGAGGAUAUUAUUGUAUUGAUAUUUUGAAAUAUAUGGCUAAUGAAGGAUUAAAACCAGGAUUUGAAGUAUAUCAUUUAUUAUUGAAAAAUCUAAGAGAAUUGGGUAAUUUCAAUGAAUUUGUUGUUGUUUUAAAUCAUAUGAAAUUGGAUAAUUUAUCAGAGAAACAAAAAGAAAUAUUUAGUAAUGAAAUUUUAUCACUUAUGGAAGCCAGAUUCCCAAAUUCACCUAAAGUUAUUAUUGGAUAUGUUGGAGCCAUAUAUGGGAAACAAGGAUUGGGUAUUUUAAAUAAAUUGAAAAUAUUAAGUAUUCCAUAUGGAUCAGGGGGAAUUAAUGAAAUACCAUCUGUUGAUAUUGUACAAAUAGCUACUGUUGAUGAUAGAUUGAAAGGAUUGACAUUGAACUAUAAAUCAUUAGCUCAUAUUUAUCAAGUUUUAUUAAGUUCAAUUCCUGAUGUUUCCAAAUCACCAAAUAUCAUUCUUAAAUUAUAUCAAGAGUAUCAGAGUUAUAUAACUGCGUCACAAUCAUCAUCAUCAUCAUCGACAACAUCGACAACAUCGUCAAAACAUCGUGAACAAGAUUCUGUUAUCACUGUAUUUUUAAAUCAUUUAUUACGUACUAAUGAACCAUUAACACCAGAACAUUUACCAAUCACAUCAUCAUUUGAAAAUUAUGAAAUUGCCAAAUUCAUAACCAAUAAAUAUUAUACCAGCAUUACACCGAAAUUGAAUACAAUAUCAUCAACAAAUAUAGAAUUACUUAUUCAAACAGCUUUAUUAAAACAUCAAGAUUAUCAAUUUGCAAUUAAAAUAUUACAAAUAUCAAGAAGAUUUAAACGUCCAUUUACUUUUAAUCAAAUUUAUCCAUUUAUUAAAUAUCAUUAUGAUAAUAAAAAUUAUCAAGAUGCUAAAUUAUGGUAUGAUGAAUUAAUCAAUUCAGGAGCAAUUUCAACUGGAUAUAUGAUUAGUGAUUUAUUAAGAAUAGCUAGAAAAUUAAAUUGGAAUAAUAUUGAAUUGAAAUUUAAAAUGAAUUUAGGAAUGAAUCAAAAAUUGAAUAAAAUGGCCCUACAUAAAUUGCAAUUAAAUCCAUUAUUAAUGAAUCCUUUAUCUACAACUAAUACUACUAGCAUCACUGAAGAUGACGAGAUUAUUGAAGAUAUUAUUAGUGAUGGUAAUGAAGAUGAUGUUGAUGAUCAUUUAAUGAAUAAAGAUUUUGGUAAUGAAUUAGCAUCUGUUUUAUGUAAAUUUUAA